AUGCUUCGAGACACAUCAAUAGCUUUACCUCUACUUUCUGGACUUAGUGUAGAAGUGAAGUCGGUAGGUGCCAUCUCGUUGAAACUGCUUACCGCAUCGUCAGUUUCACUUUGGAAUCAGAAGUCAACCUCGGAUUUCAAGGCUAACAUAUCAGCUAGUUUGGAUACACACGCCACUUUGCUGCACCAUGGAAAUAUCGUGCACAAGCUGAGUUCUUCUUUGGGAGCAGUCGGCACGGUUGGUGGAGAUGCCCAAAUCGCAUUUUCCAACAUCCCUAUUGAUAUGUGCAUGAGAAUGCAUAGAGACGAUUUGCAUGUCAGUUUCAAAUCGGUUGACGAAACCACGCAGAAACCACGAAAGAAGAAGACAGUUACCAGCAGCAAAAAAUAUCCUGGAGUGACCUUCAAAUUGAAUGAACACCUUACAAACCAAUGCAAUUGGUUAGUGAGUAAUACUCCUCCUUAG